AACAGAAGGGACUGGCAGUAGCUGUGAAAGUACUGACUGGAGGGGAAGCAGAAAGUAAGAAAGCAGUGAUGUUUGCUGAAUGCUGGAAAUAACUCUUUCAAUUUAAAUUCUGUGUAAACUUACAGUGCAUAACAUUAUUGUACAAGACCUCUUCUAGGCACCUUUUUAAUACAAGCUUCACAGAGAGGGAGUAUUUUUCACUGGAGACUGGACACGGGAAUGCAGGUUUUGGCUGAUUCCCCACUUUCUGCUAGGCUCUGUGCUGGUGUGAAGUUUCCACUCUGUUGGGGAGCUCCGUCCUUCCUUGCCACUGUGUAAAUGAGAGACGGUCCUCCCUUGCCAUCAACCUGUGCAUCUGCACCUGGAGAAGUCUGGGUCAGUAUUUGCUCCUGCAGAAGAUGGCCCUGAUGUGCCCACGGCCCCUGCUGAGGUACCGGUCCUUCGCUAUCCUCUUGUUCGCACCGCUACUGCUGCUGCCGCUGCCGAUCACUGUGCCCACGCGGGAAGCCAAAUGUGCAUAUAUCAUCAUCAUCAUGGCUGUCUACUGGUGCACCGAAGUUAUCCCACUGGCUGUUACUUCCCUAAUGCCAGUGGUAUUUUUCCCUCUGCUCGGAGUUCAGAGCUCUAAAUCAUUUAGGCUGUUCAGCACUAAGAAAGGGAAUCGAGUUCUGGAAUCUGGAGGCAGUUCUAAGGCUGCCACUGCUCUUUCUGGCAAUGUUGGGGUGUGCUUGCAGUAUCUAAAUGACACAAAUAUGCUCUUUGUUGGAGGGCUGAUUGUUGCAAUUUCUGUUGAACGGUGGAAUCUUCACAAAAGGAUUGCGCUGAGAGUCCUGCUGAUACUUGGGGUGAAGCCUGCACUCCUCAUGCUGGGAUUUAUGAUAGUCACUGCCUUCCUGUCCAUGUGGAUAAGUAACACAGCCACCACUGCUAUGAUGGUUCCCAUUGUUCAGGCUGUCCUGGAUCAAAUGGACAACACAGAGAAUGAUGUGACCAUGAUGGAACAAGCAACUGGCCAAACAAAUACAGUGAUUGAGCUGGAGGAAAAGAAUGCAUCAGAUCCCACUCCAGUGCAGGUCAUAAGCAAUGGACAAGUUCCUGAUGGCACCAGAUCUUCUGAGGAAAAGAAAAUGAAGAAACGUAUAUGUAAGGGAAUGACACUGUGUGUGUGCUAUGCUGCUAGCAUUGGAGGAACGGCAACAUUGACUGGAACAGGGCCAAACAUGGUAUUGAAAGGCCAGAUGAAUCAGUUAUACCCCGACAAUAAUGACGUUGUGAAUUUUGCUUCCUGGUUUGGGUUUGCCUUCCCAAACAUGAUUCUGAUGUUGGUACUAGCUUGGCUUUGGCUUCAGUGUUCCUUCAUGGGAUUCAACUUUAAAAAAAGCUGGGGAUGUGGGACAGUGAGAACUGCUAAAGAAAAAGCUGCAUACAACGUGCUGAAAGCAGAAAUGAAGAAAUUAGGCCCUAUCUCUUAUGCUGAAUUCAAUGUCCUCGUGAUGUUUGCUUUGCUGGUUCUCUUGUGGUUCUCCAGACACCCAGGCUUUGUGAAAGGCUGGGCUAGCAGGCUCUUCCCAGAAGGAGAAAAAUAUAUCACUGAUUCUGCUCCUGCUGUGUUUAUUGCCCUGCUACUGUUUAUCCUUCCUGCUAAUAAACCCAAAUUCAUAGGCUGGAAUUCAAGCAUGUCGGACACUGAACAAACUGAAGAAGAUAUUAAAAAGCCAUUUUUAUCAGCCCCACUGCUAGACUGGAAUGUGGUUCAGAGGAAGAUGCCCUGGAGCAUUGUGCUGCUGCUGGGAGGAGGUUUUGCUUUGGCUGAUGCAAGCGCAAACUCUGGACUCUCAGCUUGGCUGGGUCAUCAGAUGACACCAUUAGGAUCUAUUCCACCCUGGUCCAUUGCAACAGUGCUUUCCCUUAUUAUAGCUGUCUUCACCGAAUGCACCAGUAAUGUUGCCACAGCCACCCUCUUCCUACCUGUCUUUUCAUCCAUGGCCACAUCUGUCAAGAUUCACCCUUUGUAUGUUAUGCUGCCGGGUACUCUGAGUGCUUCCUUUGCCUUCAUGCUGCCUGUUGCAACACCUCCAAAUGCAAUAGUGUUUUCCUAUGGCCACAUCCGGGUUUUGGACAUGGUUAGGUCUGGAAUAGUAAUGAAUAUCAUUGGAGUCUUCUGUGUCACACUGGCAAUCAACACAUGGGGAAGACCUAUAUUUGAGCUGGACACAUUCCCAACAUGGGCAAACAGCACAACUAAUCAGUGAGCAAUGAAGAAUUCAUAUGUUAUACAAGGAAAGGCACCUUAAUCCUACUUCCUAUUGCCUGAAACAAUAUAUAGAGCCUUGUCACCAUUUCAGAUCCAGUGUUAGGUGCUACCUUCUCAGGCUCACACAUCGGAUCAAGUAUGAACCAACUCAUUACAGUCAUGCUGGAAACAAAUGUGCUGUUUAACUAUGCAACCCUAAGGAUGGUAUGUUUGGAUCGUAAGUAUGAUCAAGCGAUCCACUGCAUUUUCAACCAAGGUUAAGAUUUAGAAUUUAUCUAACUUUAUUAAAUAAAGAGAGGGUAAGCUGUUGUAUCAAAUAGUUUGGACUAUUUUAUCACUGGUAUGUACUUGUAAAUCAUUGUCAUUGGACCCAGUUAAGAGCUGACAAUUCAUUAACCACUGCAUAUGUCAACAAGUCAGCAGCUGUACAGAUAAAUUCCUGAUGUCACUUA